AUGAAAGUUACAUAUGAAAGUAAUAUAGGGUUGAGCGGCAUACUGGACAUUCCUUGCGAUGCACCUCUGAUGACUGGUACUCCAUCUGUGCCUAAAACAGUAGCCUCUAGUAAUGCUUUGAAUGAGAUAGGUAAUAUGAAGAUUGUAUAUAUAGACACCGAAACGACUGGUUUCAGUUUAGAUAAAGAUCAGAUUUGUCAGAUUGCCGCUUUUAAUGGAGACACAUCAUAUGAUGCCCAUGUAGUUCCGACAGUGCCAAUUAAAUCAAUGGCAGCAUUGAAAACUGGACUUUCCGUUAAAAAGGGAAGUUUAUAUUGUAGGGGAGAGAAAUUGAAUUGUGUGUCCAGAGAAUCUGCUGUUAAAGGACUACUUGAUUAUUUAAAAACCUUUAAACUAAAUGCUCAAAAUCCAAAAAUUAUUUUAGUUGGGCAUAACGUUAUAAAAUUUGAUGCUGAGAGGAUUGAAAAAUUACUCACUCAAUUUCAACUGUAUGACGAAUUUUUGAAUAUAGUUUAUGGAUAUGCUGAUACAGUUGAAGUAUUCAAAAAAAAAUUACCAGAAAGGGUAAAACAGAAACUUUCUUUCGCUGAAGAGGCUCUAGUCAAAGAAUAUUUGCCUCAAGAGAAUACUGCUAAUUUGCAUGACGCUUUACAUGAUAUAAAAACAUUAAAACAUCUAGUCGAUUCUGUUAAAAUAUCAAAUCAAGAUAUUAUUCAAAAUUGUAAGAGCACUAGUCAAAUAAAAGAAGCUCAAACAAUUUUACAACGAAGAAAAAUACAAAAGUUAGCUAUAGAAAACAAUAAGCAACAAUUAAAAGUAUUACAAGAUGUUGUGAAAUCUAAUAUUAUUUAUAAAAUGGCCAAAGAAGGCAUUACUGAAGAAGUACUGAAAACUGCCUAUUCCAAAGAUAAAAAAGAUGGUGUGAAAGUAUUGCUAUCCAUGAGUCAAUCUCGAGAUGGAAAUGAUGCCUCGCAACAGACUGCAGCCCUAGUUGAGGACUUGCAAUACCCACAGAACAUUCAGAAGAUUCUGCAAAAAAUUAUAGAACCAAUGCCAAUGCCAAUGGAUAUCGAAGCCGAGUGCGAAUUAAAUACAGAUACUGUUUGA